CUAAAUCUCACAAAAAGCCCUAAUUCCACAUUUUAAUUUAGGCGAAUAGGAGAGCAGCAGUUUCGCACUCUUCUCCCAUCUAUCGACGCGAACUAGAAGUUUCUGAUCUUUGUUGAGCUCCAUUAACAGCUGAAAAUGUCAGCAGCUGCAUUGAGAUCUGGCACAUCGCAUUUCCUUAGAACCCAAUUCUCGUCAAAUGCAACAUUAGGUUGUUUAGGGAGUUCACGAUAUCAUUCUUAUGAGAAUGUUGCGAAACUACAUACUUCGCACCUUUUUGGAAAUCUGGUGAGGAACUUGGGUACUUUGACUGCCAAAAGGAGUAAUGUCCUUGUUCCAUAUCAGAUGAGUUUUCAUAGGUUAAACCAUUCUGGUGGUGAGAAUUAUACUGAGACUGGUAGAACUUCAGAGCCAAGGGACUUCAUGAACGGAAUACAAGGCACUGAGACUGGUAGAACUUCUAGGCCUAUGGACUUCGCAAGGGGAAUACAAUAUACGGAGACUGGCAGGACUUCUAGGCCAAUGGACUACGUGAGGGGAAUAUUAGAGGAAGAUAGAAGGGGCAUGAUUGGGGCUUCUCAAUUUCCUCGAUAUACUAUAGAGCAAAAUGCUGAUUUUGUGCACAUAAAGUUGUUGCGUAAUAACACUUUUGUUACGGUGACGGAUUCAAAGGGAAAUACAAAAUGUAGGGCUUCAUCAGGAUGUUUGCCAGAAAUGAAAGGGGGGACAAAACUGUCUCGAUAUGCUUCUGAAGCAACUGCAGAACAUGUUGGACGACUGGCAAAACAGAUGGGAUUGAAGUCAGUGGUUGUGAAGGUAAAAGGCUUCACUUAUUUUAAGAAGAAAAAACAAGCAAUCAUGAGCUUUAGAGAAGGCUUUGCUAAUUCUCGGAGUGAUCAGAAUCCCAUUGUUUACCUUGAAGACACCACUCGACGUCCGCAUAAUGGAUGUCGACUCCCCAAGAGACGCAGGAUCUAAGUAUUAUCGGUGAGAUACCAGCAUAGCAUUGAGGAUAUGUACACAGAUAUGGUCGGUAAGGAACUCAAACUCAGACAUGGCAAGCAGUUAUGUGCUUUUGGCUAUCUUCUUUUGGGAACUCUUAGUAUGUAAUUGUGAUAGAUUUACCUUUUCUCUUGACUUAGAAGUCUUUCUUUCCCAUCUUUUUCACUGCACUUUCUGUCUUCUCGGAUUUAAUAAAUGAAUUUGCUUAUAUAUAGUGUAUUUCUCUAAUGUUGUCUUCUGGGAUUCUUCAUUAUUUUUUUUUAAAGAAAAAGUGAAACGUACCAGGCCCACCGUGGGGCUCAAGGGA